ACUCCACAUUCCCCUCCCCCCCCUCUCCCUCGAAAACACAGAAACCGCUUCACGUCAGAGUCCCUCUCCUCUGUUCCCCCGUGAGAAGUUUUUGGUUUUGUCUCUUUCACUGGAUUUGUCUUGUUUGGCGCGUUUGGGGCUGAACCAUGGAGCUGUCGGAUAUCUCCUUCCCCAUCCCUGCCGCAGAUGAUUUCUAUGACGACCCCUGCUUCAACACCAGCGACAUGCACUUCUUCGAGGACCUGGACCCGCGGCUGGUCCAUGUGGGCCUACUGAAGCCGGACGACUCCUCCUCUUCGGCCUCACCCUCCCCUUCCUCCUCCUCUUCCUCCUCCCCGUCCUCCCUCCUGCACCUCCAUCACCACGCCGAGGUGGAGGACGAUGAACACGUCCGCGCCCCCAGCGGGCACCACCAGGCGGGCCGCUGCCUGCUCUGGGCCUGCAAGGCCUGCAAGCGGAAGACCACCAACGCGGACCGGCGGAAGGCGGCCACGCUGCGGGAGCGCCGGCGGCUCAGCAAGGUGAACGACGCCUUCGAGACCCUGAAGCGCUGCACGUCGGCCAACCCCAACCAGCGGCUGCCCAAAGUGGAGAUCCUGCGCAACGCCAUCAGCUACAUCGAGUCCCUGCAGGCGCUGCUGCGCGGCGGGCAGGACGACGGCUUCUACCCGGUGCUGGAGCACUACAACGGGGACUCAGACGCCUCCAGCCCCCGCUCCAACUGCUCCGACGGCAUGACGGAUUUUAACGGCCCGACCUGUCACUCAAACAGAAGAGGAAGUUAUGAGAGGAGCUCUUAUUUCUCAGAGGCUCCAAACGGCGGUCUGAAGAGCGACCGGAGCUCGGUGGUCUCCAGUCUGGACUGUCUGUCCAGCAUCGUGGAGCGGAUCUCCACCGACAACAGCAGCCUGCUGCCGGCCGCCGACAGCCCCGAGCCCCUGCCAGCAGCACACCCGGCCGGUGAGGCGGCGGCCCCCGGGCCGGUCCAGACCCCCUCCCCGACCACCAGCCAGGACCCCAACGUGAUCUAUCAAGUCCUAUAGACCUUCACAACCUGGGACUUUAAAAUCCAGUCGCACCGUCAUACAACACAGAUCCACACACAGUGAAAGUUACUGGGCUGAACUGAGUCUUCACAACCUGUUUCUCAACUGUAAAGUUUUAUCUUUUAGAGCCGAAGUAUCUUGAGUUUUACCAACGUCAACACCUGUUUUUAUUUCCGUAAGUUGAAACGUAUGGAAGCUCAUUCCCGCCAGGGGAAAAAAACCAAAAUCAGUGUAAAAGAUCAUUCGUAACCUUUGAGUUUGUCAAAAAAUGUAAAAAUCUUAAGGCCCACUUACUGGCCUUUUACUGAGCUCUCAACCUUAUCGCACUGUCUUCAAUCUAUGGAUGGAGUUUGAUAUUUUAUAUAAAAUUUUAUAGUUACAGAACAAACUCCAUGUGCUGAGGAAGACAGUGAGAUACAGUCAAAAACUCUGGAAGUGUGCUAGUACUCGGGGCUCCACCUAAACAAGAAGUUUCUAUCUCAAUCUUCACUCAAUCUCAAUUCAGUAGCCGUAAAAAUAAAAAGAUUCUCAGUGUAUCAAAUAAUAUCUGUAAAUAAUAAUUACAAUUUUGACCUUCUUUUCUUUAAUGUCAGAAUUGAAAUUUUGAAUUUCUUAUUUUGAAAAAAUAUCAGGAUACAUUUAAACUGAUAAAAGGGGGAAAUUGAAAUACAAAUACGAAUGACCGUAAUAGUCAGAGUCAGAAUUUGGACCUUGUAUGUCAUGUGAAUGAAAAGUUAAUCAUUCCAAAAUUUCCAUACAUUAAAUAAAUUUUCGUGGCAUGAAUGACCUUCCAUAUGUCAGCGCAUCAGACCCUCAGAUUCCCCUUCCUGUAAAUUUUAGAUUUAGUUAAAACCACUUGAAUGCUGGGAAAUGUAGUUUUUGCAACAUUAAAAAAACCAAAAAAAAACAGGUUUACUGAUGAAUAGUAAUACGUUCAGUUCUUGCUGUAUUUUUAUUUUGUUUUAAUUUAUGAAAAAAUAUUUUAAAGGUUCAGCUGAGUCAUUCAGAUGGAUUUUUCUUCCUUUCUGUGUAAAGUCUAUUUGAUGAAGGACGGAGGCAAAAAAAAAAAAAAAACCAAAACAAAAAAAAACAUCCAUUUACAUUCCUCCACUUUCGUCCAUCUGAAGUCGUAAAAGCCCCAGCUGUUCAGUUCCCUCAGGAAAAGAGCCGCAGUAAUCCUGCGAUAUACAAAACGAACGAUUUCUGUAGGAAAACUGCAGAAAUAAGUAACAGAACCCAACACAGACACAAACACAACUGUGGGAGUAUUGUAGUGACUUCGGCUCAGGCCGCCUUCCUGUCCAAGUAACUAAAAAAAAGUUAUUUCAUUUGUCGUUUUCAUUCACUGCAGCGGAGGACCAUUUUUCUGUUUCUGUACAUAUGUAAAUAAGAGCUGAUUUGUUCCAACUGAAAGUAUUAAUUAUGUAUUUAAUGUUUCUGUCUGUAUGUGCUUUUGUUUGUUGUGAAAAUGUUAAACUUUAUAUUUAUACAUCUGAAAACUGAGUGACAGUCUAAUGACAAAUAAAUGCUUAUUUAUACAAAAAAAAAAA